GACAUCGACGUGCAAACGACAAGAUCUUAGGAAACGACGAUAACAAUAAGAAUAAAAAGAGUCCAAAAAUUGAGAGAGAACUAAAAAGAGAUUCACAGAAUAGCCAAUCGACCUGAAAAAACAAGAUCAAAAUGGUACGAAAGCGUUACCAGCCAGCGAAAACAGGAUUUGAAUUGCUCAAGUCCAUGAAUUACGACAAGUACCUGUCCAGAAUAGGAUUGGGAAGAAAAGACUAUCCGUUUUGGAAACAAAUCGGAAAGGGUCUACUCUCCGCCUACGCGCUUAUCGGUGCUUGUUGGUGGUACAACGAGACUUCGCCGCUGGGUUGGUGGACGCUGAAGCCUAAGCCCAAGGAAGAGAGAGAAUUAGCACACUUGUAUGAGCGGAGGGAAUUUCCAUACCCGGGAGACAAGGAAGCAAUGGAAGAGUUCAUUGCGAAGGGCGGUAUGAUCGGUACAGCGAUUGGCCCCAAAGGGGUCCCUGAGUUGGAUAAAGAUGCCUAUAACUAUCACCAGGAGUUGCAGGACAAGAAGUUGCAUCAGGAAGCUCAGAAGCUCUGGCUGAGGAUCAGGAAUGAGGUCAUUUUGGAGCUUCAGGAGAAGGGCUUUGACAUUGAGUGAUUUUUUUUGUUUUUGUUUUUGUUUUAUGUUAUUACGUGUAUUUGUUAUGAAAUGUGAGGGAGUGAAAGCUUUGUGGUUUGGUCUGGUGAAACUUAAUGGCGUUUCUCUUGUAUUAUGAGGUCCUAUGAACUUUGAUGUUCUUGGUAUAAACUGAGUUGAGAAAAAAAAAAUCCCAAUUGUCUACUGUUAUCAGAU